AUGGGCAUUCUGUUCUCUCGUCCGGCACAGGAGACGUUCCCUGAGGGAGCAUAUCCCGUUGGCAACAUUUCAUCCCUCAAUGCUUCUUCCAUUUUCCCUUACGCCGGGAUUAACACGGGCUUAUAUGGUGGUAUCCCAACGUCGAAUCUUCCUCCGAUACCCUUCGAGUGGAUCGUCUCCCCAGAUGCAGACCGGGUCACUGAUUCAUGUCCCAACGGGGACACGAUACUCACCUUCUUUGGGGUCUCGGAGGCUGUCAUUAGUAUUCUUGUGCCAAUAUUUGCCUAUCGUCCUUUGAUACACAAACUCUCACGAGGAUGGCUCGGUCGACGCUCCAAGAACUCCGUCGCGGUAGCAUGGACAGUCACAUUUGCGUGUCAACUUCUGGCUAACGCCAUCAUCGCUGGCAUGAUUGGCAAUACACCUGGUUAUGGCCACCUAAACAUGCUUCGCAUUUUUACAGUCUACAUGGCCCGUCCGCGCUUUCAUUUUAUCCUCCUGGCUCUCCUGCGCAGUCUCGUUGGAGUGAAGCGCCCUCGAGAGUGGGACAAGACAACCAUCAUCAAUCGCCGCCUGGACAACCGAAUCGAAUUUCCUUUUACGGAUUCAUACAUCGCUGUCGUCGCUUCUGAGAUGCUUGUCUUCAUCAUCUCGGCCAUCUUUACGGGGGUGACAUGGCAUCGGUACCCAAAAAUUGAGAUGUCGUCUCGCGAGUACAUGGACGAUCACAUCAACUACGUCUCGAGUAUUCCGGGAGUCAUGUGUCUAUGCCUUCUUGGAUUUGUACCCAUAUACAAGCGCUACGGCGACGCUUUUCCGAUCGAGGGGAGGAGAUAUGAGACGGGUCGGCACUGGGGCGCGACAGUGGCAGCGGACGGCACGGCGAGGGUGGGCGUCAAGAGAGGUGUAUACAAGGGCGCGGCUGUGAAGAGAAUUGGAAGCGCAGUGGCUGCAGCGGUAUUGAUGGGAUAUGCCACGUUGGUGCAGUGGUCGUACUGGACGAGGUUCUUGGAGCUGCCGGGUGUUUUGUUCUGUCCGCCAAAGAUGGUGGAGACAGGGAUCAUUUGGGCUGUUUUUACAUUGAUAGGCGUGUUGGCUGGGGCGGCCUCAUGA